AUGUUGGUCCGAGUCAAUCCAAGUAUUCAACCAGAUGAAAACACGCUCUGCUCGCUGCCCGUCGAAUGCCGACAGACAAUCCUCGGCCAUCUGCCCGAUCUGCAGGCACUCCAGGCCAGCAUUCUGGCCCAUCGGUCCCUGCACGCGGCCUACUUUUCCCACCAGACAUCCAUCCUCCGGCGUAUCGUGCUGCAGCUCAUUUCCCCCGAGCUUCUACCGGACGCCGUAUUGGUGCUAACCUCGUCGCGAUUUAACGUCGAGCCCUGGACCAGGGCCAAGGUGUUUUCGAUUCUUAAGGAGCAUCGCCGGGCACUACGAGGCAUCCCGUCGCCCUUCCGUUGGACGUUUCGCACCGCUAGCCAGUUGCAAACUCUCCAUGAUCAUAUUAAAUUUAUGGCGAAGGUCUUUGUCAAUGCAGCAUCUGCAGAAUGCCUCAGUCUAAGCCUGGCUGAUCAGCCCCCAUCGAGACUCGAAUGGUUCCGGGUCGCCCGCAGCUUUUAUCGCUUUGAGAUAUACCGAAAUCUGUUUCGAGGGAGAUAUACGCCAGCAGAUUUCAAAUAUGUGGAAAUUUGGAAUGCUUACUACAAACGAUUUGCUGCCUGGGAACUUGAACAGAUUGCCACUGUCGGGAAUAUUUAUUCAGGGUCAUCGCAAUUCAUGAAUUCCCAAUUACCACUGGAGCUCUCAUUUAGUAUCACUGACCGGUGCAUAGCAUUCAACGACAUUGCCGAACAUGACAUACAGUGGGCAUUUCGGGGUAUCGCCUAUCCAUUAUUCGAAGACUGGGACUACGAAUGGGCCUCCCAUAUAGCAAACAUUGUCAGUCUUUUCUUUCCUUUACAAGAUAAUCCAAUCGACACACUAACAGCGAAGCUAUAA